GGCCGCCCUGGCACCCGCCUGUGUGCGUAGGGCAGGCGGCAGCGCGGGCAGCCAGCAGGGUCCUGAGCGGGCAGCAUGGACGACGAGGAGGAGACGUACCGGCUGUGGAAGAUCCGCAAGACCAUCAUGCAGCUCUGCCACGACCGCGGGUACCUGGUGACCCAGGACGAGCUGGACCAGACGCUGGAGGAGUUCAAGGCCCAGUUCGGGGACAAGCCCAGCGAGGGCCGCCCCCGCCGCACCGACCUGACCGUGCUGGUGGCUCACAACGACGACCCCACCGACCAGAUGUUCGUCUUCUUCCCCGAGGAGCCCAAGGUGGGGAUCAAAACGAUCAAGAUGUACUGCCAGCGCAUGCAGGAGGAGAACAUCACCCGGGCCCUGAUCGUGGUGCAGCAGGGAAUGACCCCCUCGGCCAAGCAGUCCCUGGUGGACAUGGCUCCCAAAUACAUCCUGGAGCAGUUCCUGCAGCAGGAGCUUCUGAUCAACAUCACUGAGCACGAGCUGGUCCCAGAGCACGUUGUCAUGACCAAGGAGGAGGUGACAGAGCUGCUGGCCCGAUACAAGCUGAGGGAGAACCAGCUGCCCCGGAUCCAGGCCGGGGACCCCGUGGCCCGGUACUUCGGGAUAAAGCGCGGCCAGGUGGUGAAGAUCAUCAGGCCGAGCGAGACGGCAGGACGGUACAUCACCUACAGGCUGGUGCAGUGACCCCAGUGUGGGGUGUGAGGAGUUGUGUGACACCUCCCAGUCUCCCCUCCCACCAGCAGUUCACAGGCACUCGGAGCUUCCUGCCCUUCCAGAGGUGGCUGAGGAAAUCCUCUUCCCACUUUGCCUCUGCAGUCCUGUCACUGGGCCUCACUCCUGUUUUCCAGCUUGGACUUUGGUGUAACCCCUCAGUCCCAUCCAGACUCAGCCAUGGAGUCCUGAAAGUGGGAAAGGCCUUUGAUUCCCUGUUUCAUGGGCUCUUGUUUGUAAUAAAGGUUUGUACCCUCAGUG